GGUAUCAAAGCUGAAAUCUUGAGGGACCUGUGAGAGUUUGUUUUUUGAGGGAACUCCAGAUAAAAAACCCACCUUUCUCAUUGUUUUCAGACGGUUUUCAUGGAAACCCCUUUUGCUUGGCCAAAAUCUUGCAACAAAAAAAGGCUGUGAAGAUGGAGGCAUAUGUUAGUCCCACCAUGGGAGAUGUCAAGGAGAGGAAAGCUGGAUUCAAAGAGAAGGUGUUCGUGUUUGUUUCAAAAAUUAGUCCAAAAGGCAAAUCAUGGUUGAUGAAAUGGGAAAUUGAGCAAAAAAAACUCAGUUUCAUGGUAUGUUCUUCAUCCAUCUUUUAUGUUUGGUAUGGAUAUGUUUUGAGUUUUCCCAAGAAAACUCUUCAUGGAUGUGGCUAUGAUGUUCUAAACUCCCACAGCUUCAUGGCAAAGAAUGUUUGAUGGAGAUGAUGGCAAAGGAAAACUGAGCACAUCUCAGUUUCAUUCUUUGUUCUUCAACCAUCUUUUAUGUUUGUACUUCUAAAUGUUAAGAGUUUUUUCAUAAAAAAAAAAAAAAGAAAAAAAAAAGAAAAAAAAAAAAGAAGAACUCUUCAUGUUUAUGUACUUGUGAACCCCAUGGCUUUAUGGCAAAGAAGUUUGAUGGAGGAGCAGCCAAGACCAAGCACAAAAUCACAACUCGAGAAUGUACUGAAGCAGAAAAGAUCCAUGGACAAAGCUGCUGUAAUGGUGGAGUUGCAGAAAAUGUUUAAGGCUUUUGAAUUUUUUCAAACAGCAAAAAUCUAACAAAGAUGAAGCUGAUUUGCAAGAGGAGCUAAAAUAUUUGAGACGAUGGUACUUGGCAGCAAACAACAAACCAAACCAAAGACAAAACUGAAAAUGGUAGAUUCAAUGUGCUAAAGUAAAAUUGUGUUUCUGCAGCUUUAAUGCCAAGGAGCAGUUUGUUGGAGCUAUGGCAUGAAAGCUGAAAAUGCAAUGAAAUGAGAUCUGCUAA